AUGAAAGAAUGUAUUUCGGAACGCGAUCACUACACCAAAUACCCGCAAAAAGGGUAUAGUAUCGAUGAAGAAUGCGACUUGGUGGAUGUUCAAGGCGUCGAAAUGGCCUACUGUCUCUGUCGAUCGGAUAACUGUAACCGUAAUCCGAUAGCUGAGCAAUUCAUGGAUUUCGAAAAGAAGCAUCCAGAACUGUUUGGAGAUAUUGAUGAGCAGCCGGCUGCUGCUCCUCCAGCACCUCCUCGGGCUCCGCCCACUUUCAGAUCCGGAGAGGCACCGCUGAAGAUUCAACCGCUGCCUGCUGGAAUGGUUCCGAACUUGCCGCAAGCGUCUUUUGCUGCGCCGAUUCUAAAUCCACCGGCGAUAGUACCGGUUAAUGAUUUGAGGACUCAACCACAAUCCAAAUCCUCUGAAAUCAUUGAAAUCCGUCGUUCUCAACUCCCAUCCAGAGCGUCUGGAAUCGAAACAGAAAUUAGCAAUCAACCACAACGACCGAUUUCGAAUUCCCGCGAAACUGAGAUUCCGUUGAUGAAUCUUCCAGCCCAAACUAUCAGUCAAGGAACGUUCGUUGGAAGUGGACAGAUUGUUCCAAAACCACCACAGUUGCCGACGAAAGAAGUUUCCUCAUCAACCAUGCGAUGCAUUCAGUGUGGUGAUGGAUCGUUGAGAAACGCGAACGAAGAAUGCAAGAGACAAGUCCAGGUGGAGUGUGAUUCUGAGAGAUCUCUGUGUUUUACAAGGCAAAUUGAACUUGGAAAUGGAAUGUACGGCAUGGAAAAAAUGUGUGUGCUCCCUGAGCAGCUGGUCAAUGAGUUUGGAGAAUUGGCGAGAAACGAGGGGUGCGGAAGUUCGAAUGCCGGAAGAGUACAGUACUGCGCUUGCUCAUCUCCAAUUUGCAAUCAAUUGCCGUUGGCUCAGCAGCGCCAACUCCUCACCGCUAUCGCUCCUUCCCGCUCAAAAACUGUUCCGGACCUUCCAACUCCAGAGCUCCCGAUCCCUCAACCUCCGAGAUUCGCGGAAAUCCCAGCACCUCCAACGAACCCUCCACCACCACCUCCACCGCCAACGAACCCACCAACACCUCCACCUCCACCGCCAACCACAACCCGGGCCCCUCAAAAACCAAUCAUCCCAUCAGUGGUCCAUCGUCCACAAAUGCCAUCGCUGAUAUGUAUCACUUGUGGUGAAGCCAACAUGUCUGAUCCGACUGCUGAUUGCUCAUCAUCUACUGAAGAGGCGUGUGGUGUCGAGGCAAAGUUCUGUGUCACAAAACAGACUCAGAUUAGUACCAGUUCGUUCGCUAUGGAGAAGAGAUGUCUAUCGGAAGUUGAAGCAGCAGUGUUUCUACCCGGCGAGAAGCUCGCCGAGGGAUGUGCAACCAGUGAGGGUGGCCUUGUGAACUACUGUAUCUGCCGCGGAAACACCUGCAAUCGACCCUCCCUUCUGCAACAGGCGCAGUCAACGGGUGUUCGCGAUUCGUUGGAAGAGCAACGUCUCAUCGAGGAGGAAAUUCAAAAAUCGCAACGUUUGGCAAAUGCGAUUCAGACGAAUCGGGUGCCGAAUCAAGCCAACGUUGGGGUACUACCACCUCAUAGUCAUGAGUCUUCCAGCAACCGAAAUGACAAGCCAAAACUUCCACCGGUCUUCCUGGACGAAGAUGACUCGUUGGAAGUUGCCAAAGAUGUCAGAACAGAAGAAGAUAUCAUAAAAGACCGACAAAAAGAGUGGGCAAAAGCGGCAGAGACACGAACGGCACCGAGUAGCUAUGUCACAUUGACAAAUGCCCUACUUGCCAUUUCAGUUUUGUGUUUUCUUUGA